AUGGUGGCAUUCACAGCGAUGGGGGAAGACACAACUGGCACACCACUGCACGAGGGCAGUGAGGCGCAGUCAGUCGGAGCAGGCCAGACUCUCCACCAGACGGGAGUAAGAGUCUGAGUGUGUGUAUGUGUGUGCAUGUUUUUGUGUGUGUAUGGUGUAGGGUGAUGAAGUAUAAGGUGAUGGUGAAUCAUAAGUGAGGCACCCAGAAUGUUCCCUAAGGGUUGUGUUGAGUUUGACAACUCUGCAUUGGGAUGAGAACACAGCCAGUGUGGAUUGAGAUGGUUAAGAGUGACAUUAGACAUCAGAGUUGAAUCUAAUCAGAGUUGAAUCUACUCACAGUGAAAGUCUUCUGUCAGACCUAAAAGUGUAAUCAAACAAAAUACUACUCGGCCUCCAAAACAUGUAAUUGGUGGAUCUAAUGAAUCUUCUAUUGUACCCCUGAAUAGCUACACUGUGAACAACCACAUUACUGGUGAGACAUGUUAGUGUGCUGGUAAGAGGUACACUUUCAAUUUAUACAUUUUAGUGCCAAGAAAACAGAUGGCGCCAAAAGAGAUUUAAGCACAUUUGGCAAAGCCAAUGGAGGAGAGAGAACGCAUGGAAGAUUUGUUAUUCAAGGCAACACAGGGCUAGCCCACACUAACCUUUAAACGCGCAGUACAGCAGACAGUUAAGUGCAAUGCUGGAUCCUUUGGGGGCACUAAGGGUGGGCUUCUUAAAACAUGUUAUUAUAAGCUAUUCAGGAGACAUGGGGGUUCUUUAUGGGCAGACAGAAGAGGGGGAAAUUGAAUCAUAUUUGAUAUGAGACCUGCAGAUUUCAACACAUCAGCCAGUAAUGGGUUCAAGCGGGUGAUGGGGGCAUUGGGGCACUGUAGAUUUCCCAGGUAAUAAUGGGGAUAUUAAUACCCUCAGUGGUAACAAAGAAAUCUCCAUCUUUAAAGUCCCCAAACUAGUGUCAGCAUAUUAGAAAACACAGCAGAUGACCUUUACACACAAGGAGGAAAACCCUUGUCAUUGGAUCAGCAGUGAAACUAUGAGGGGGGUUUAUCGAUGCAUAUGUUUUUGGAUUUGCCAUUUCUUUCACUGAACAAUUACUGUUCACAGAGUAGUACUUCAUAAUAAUUUUGUGAUUUAGCUGAUUUUGAGAGAUAGCUAUCAAUAGUGGUGAUACAUUGUCAAGGCGUCAGUGUAAUGCGGUAGGACGAAGUCAGGCGCAGGACACAGAGCUGAUCGAAAAACAUACUUUAUUCAUAGGUAUCUCAAUGAACAUACCUCCACGCAGUGAGGAACAAACCCGCUCACAUACGACAACCAAAAGAUGGACAAACACGCACAACACACAGUGAGAGCCAGAGGGUUAAAUAGGGAAGACAUAAUUACAUAAUGGGAAACAGGUGAGACCAAUACAGACAAAACAAGUAGAACAUAGAAACAUGGAUCGGUAGCAGCUAGUACUCCGGUGACGACGAACGCUGAAGCCUGCCCGAGCAAGGAGGAGGGGCAGCCUCGGCUGAAUUCGUGACAUACAUUAAUGUGAAGUCAUUGCUGAUCAGUCAAUCCCAGCUACUGCAAAAAUGGGGACCAAAAUUACAGUUUGAUAUGGUAAUUAAAUUAUAUAGCAUGGACCAGAGUAAUAAGAGUGCCAUAAAUAAAGAGCAUGAACAAAGGGGUCUGGGUAGAACCCCUGCCUCAUGCCAUCUGUAAGGCUCUGCAUACUUUCUACAUGUGCACUGCUCCCCCACAGAAUCUGCCAUAGCCAUCAUUCAUCUUACCCCAAAAUCCUCAGCGUGUGAUGUGGCGCACAUUAAAAACACUGUAACAGCUGAUGGCUUUCACAGUUAGCAUGUGUUCCUGAUACCUUGAGACCUUUGCACUGAGCAUUUCAUCACCUUUUCCAUAAUUACUUACCAUUACUUUAACAGGUGCACCUCUCUUCCUCAGACUGCACAUAUUUUUUUUUCUCUUAUACCUGAGAUUUUAUUUGAGCAACUUAGCCUUGCUGCAAAAUCUAUCUGAAGUGAAAAUGCCUGUUUCUUGGGGGUUGUUGAAACUUCCUGGUGUGAGAUUGGGGGGGGAAAGCUGACAAAACAACACUAGCAUAAAGCUGUACAUACUGUAUAAGAAGAGGGAUGUGUGUGAUCAUUGGUGUGAUCUAGCUAGCACAAUCAUUUGGAUCUCUCUGUCAGCAUGCAUCCCGUAGUUGGGACAUAGAGAGAGUAGGACAAAAGGGUUUAGUAGUCUGGGAGCUGAACCGGUGUACGUUGUCUGACUGAUGUAUCUUGAGGCUUUUUAGUGCUGGUGUUCUGCCACCCUGACACAGUCAUGCUCGGUCUCAACGACGACUGCCAUUACUCUCUCAUUGACGCACUCUGCUCCUAUGAGCUAUUGGCAUUGACUCAUUGUCAGUUUGUCAUGAAUAAUGAUGAGCAUAAGAGGUCUCAUUACCUUAUUAUGUUCAUUAAAUCUUGUUUAGUUCCUGUGUGCUUGAUCUCAUUGUGCGUUAUUAACUCAAAUAGGAUGUUCGGUAUGUAACAGAUGCUUUUACCGUAUUUCUUGCUCACAAGCACAUUGCUCUCUGUACAGUUCUUAACUAGUUCCUAGAAAUGACAGGCCUGAAUCAAUCAGCGUUAUGGCCCUGUGUUCACGCCAUUACAAUAUGCAGAUUGAUGUAUUCUUAUACCACUCAAUUGGCUGCAACAUAAUUUGUUCCAUCCCACUGUGUUCCAGUAUGGCUGUUUCAACUUCUAUUGUUACGGUUUCAUUGUAGAAAGUGCUUGGGUGGGAUUACAGCCUGUUUAUUUCUAUGCUUGACUUGGCUGAAUGGUUUUCAUCAUAUGAAUGGUGAAAAGGGAUCAAUGUGGCCAUAAGAAUAAAUUAAAACCUGUUAACUCUGCCCAAAGCACAAAUACAGUACAUGACAGGAAGACACUAGAGACGACUGGAGAAGCAGGAAAUCAUUAGGCCUAAACCUUGACAAGAAAAUAUUAACAUAGAGCACACCUCCAAUUAUGUGCAGGCCCUAUCUGAUGUAAUUAUUAUCCACAAUACGAUGGGUAGCCCUACAACAAUUCUAGGACUCUGGGAGAAGUAGGCUUACAUGCAAUUUCGACAAGCUUGUCUACUUAGAUAGAAAAAAACGAUUUAAUAUGUUCUUCUAUCAUCAUCAGAUGAAUGCCUGAAAUGGGUCUUCCCAAGGUCCUUCCAAAAGCAUGGGGCAAGAUUAUGUGUUAGGUAAGAUAGACCCAUGGAGAUAGGCCGAGCCUAUUUUUUUAAAUACAUUUUUUUUUCACCUUUAUUUAACCAGGUAAGCCAGUUGAGAACAAGUUCUCAUUUACAACUGCGACCUGGCCAAGAUAAAGCAAAGCAGUGCGAUAAAAACAACAACACAGAGUUACAUAUGGGGUAAACAAAACAUAAAGUCAAAAAUACAACAGAAAAUAUAUAUACAGUGUGUGCGAAUGUAGUAAGUUAUGGAGGUAAGGCAAUAAAUAGGCCAUAGUGCAAAAUAGUUAAAAUUUCGUAUUAACACUGGAAUGAUAGAUGUGCAAAUGAUGAUGUGCAAAUAUAGAUACUGGGGUGCAAAUUAGCAAAAUAAAUAACAAUAUGGGGAUGAGGUAGUUGGGUGGGCUAAUUUCAGAAUGGCUGUGUACAGGUGCAGUGAUCGGUAAGCUGCUCUGACAACUGACGCUUAAAGUUAGUGAGGGAGAUAAGAAUCUCCAGCUUCAGAGAUUCUUGCAGUUCGUUCCAGUCAUUGGCAGCAGAGAACUGGAAGGAAUGGCGGCCAAAGGAGGUGUUGGCUUUGGUGACCAGUGAGAUAUACCUGCUGGAGCGCAGACUACGGGUGGGUGUUGCUAUGGUGACCAGUGAGCUAAGAUAAGACGGGGAUUUGCCAAGCAGUGAUUUAUAGAUGACCUGGAGCCAGUGGGUUUGGCGACAAAUAUGUAGUGAGGGCCAGCCAACAAGAGCGUACAGGUCACAAUGGUGGGUAGUAUAUGGGGCUUUGCUGACAAAACGGAUGGCACUGUGAUAGACUACAUCCAAUUUGCUGAGUAGAGUGUUGGAGGAUAUUUUGUAAAUGACAUCGCCGAAGUCAAGGAUCGGUAGGAUAGUAUGUUUUACGAGGGCAUGUUUGGCAGCAUGAGUGAAGGAGGCUUUGUUGCAAAAUAGGAAGCCGAUUCUAGAUCUAACUUUUGAUUGGAGAUGCUUAAUGUGAGUCUGGAAGGAGAGUUUACAGUCUAACCAGACACCUAGGUAUUUGUAGUUGUCCACAUACUCUAGGUCAGACCCGCCGAGAGUAGUGAUUCUAGUCGGGUGGGCGGGUGCAAGCAGCGUUCGGUUGAAGAGCAUGCAUUUAGUUUUGCUAGUGUUUAAGAGCAGUUGGAGGCUACGGAAGGAGUGUUGUAUGGCGUUGAAGCUCGUUUGGAGGUUUGUUAACACAGUGUCCAAUGAAGGGCCAGAUGUAUACAAAAUGGUUGUCGUCCGCAUAGAGGUGGAUCCGAGCGUCACCAGCAGCAAGAGCGACAUCAUUGAUAUACACAGAGAAUACCAGGGAUGGGUAACUUUGAUGGGGGUGGGGGCCACAAAAAACCUGAACUCAUCAUGAGGGGCUGCAAUUGCUUGCAGGUGUGCAUACUCACAUAUGCAUUUUUACGUUUUAAAGUUGCAAUUCUAAACAUUUUGCUAUGGGGCGUAGAGAAAAUGUUGCAGUUUUAAAGCUAUUUUCAAGCAAUUCUACUCGUUUUGUCAUACGGUGGAGAGAAAUGUUUGCAGUUUUUAAUAUGAUAUCUGAAUGAGACCGACUAACACAAUCAAUGGGGGCCCCACGGCCGGUAAUUCGACCAUGAUUACUAUGUCUAGAUAGCUGGCCCCUAGACUAACCAAUAAUAAUAAUACAUAGUUGACAUGGGCUAAUUGAGUGACAGUCAGUGACUCACAUAUAAAGAGAAUACCUGCUGAUGCACAACCAGGCCGCCAGUUGCCCAUCCCUGACCUACACUGACUGAACUGAUUGCAAAUGACUAUUGCAGGUUGGAUUGUGACACCAAACCAUACUGUCAACUCACAGGACAAGUCAAAUUCCAACAUGUCAAUGAGACUAGACUAGUGAAUCAAUGGCUACGCUAGAUGCUCGCAUGCAAUAUUAAUGGGAGAAGGGAGAAAAAAAAGUUUCACCGUCUCUGGUUGUAGUUAAUUAUUUCUUAACCAUGAUAACAUUCCCAGAAGAACAUUGACACUGGCUCUGUAGUGAAAGACACGAGCAGUACCAUCAAAGGAUCCACAGCAGGACGACAUUUAAAACAAUUGACCAAGGUAAGAAUUACAGGCCUACCUGUCUAUCACACUCCGUCCCCCUCUGUCCUAUUCCAUAUGGCAGGUACACUUGACAGUUUUUCCAGGCGUUCUCAUUCUGUGGUAAGAAUCCCAGUUGCAGGCUGGUCCAUUCAUGAAAGUUGACACACGUUUGAAAAAACUGUAAAUCGCAAUCCAUCUGGGUAAUCAUGCUCUCGAAAUGGAAAUGAGAAUGUUUGACAGGAAUAUUGCUCACCGAUAAUAGGCUACAUAGAAUACAUAGACAAUGUAUCCUUUAGUUUAUCUAUCUAAUUUUUCUUACUUACUUUUUUAAAACUGCAUUGUUGGUUAAGGGCUCGUAAGUAAGCAUUUAACGGUAAGGUCUACACCUGUUGUAUUCGGCGCAUGUGACAAAUAAAAUAUGAUUUGAUUUGAUGAAUGUAAUGUUGCUCUCAUAAAAUGUCUUUGAGCAUUUUGGAGAUAGGCUCUAUGCUUUAAACAGUGUCUACAUAUGUGAAAAAAACGCAUUUUUAUGACCUGUGGUUAAAAAGAUAAGAAGAAAAGGUUUAAAAAAUGCUUCUCUGUGACUACACAAGGUAAGAUUAAAAGUUAAUAAACAGUAAUUUCCAAAACCUGUAAUGAGUUUCUAGCCAGAGGGAGGGUAUUUUCUUGCUCCCCACGCAACCACAAAUCUCAUAGUGUUUCAAAAUCACUGUUUUAAAAUGUUUUAACUUUUGAUGAUGUCAUCAGGUUGAACUUUUUUAACUGUAUCUUUUUUUUCUACAGUUCUACAAAAGUUCAGUUCAUAUAAGGAAAUCAGUCAACUGAAAUAAAUUCAUUAGGCCUUAAUCUAUGGAUUUCACAUGACUGGGAAUACAGAUAUGCAUCUGUUGGUCACAGAUACCUGGUAGGGGUGUGGAUCAGAAAACCAGUCAGUAUCUGGUGUGACCACCAUUUGCCUCAUGCAGCAUGACAUAUCUCCUUCACAUAGAGUUGAUCAGGCUGUUGAUUGUGGCCUGUGGAAUGUUGUCCCACUCCUCUUCAAUGGCUGUGCGAAGUUGCUUGAUAUUGUCGGGAACUGGAACACGUUGUCUUACACGCCAAUUCAGAGCAUCCUAAACAUGCUCAAUGGGUGACAUGUCUGGUGAGUAUGCAAGCCAUGGAAGAACUCUGAAAUUGUCAGCUUCCAGGAAUUGUAUACAGAUCCUUGCAACAUGAGGCCGUGCAUUAUUAUGCUGAAACUUGAGGUGACGGUGGCGGAUGAAUGGCACGACAAUGGGCCUCAGGAUCUCAUCACGGUAUCUCUGUGCAUUUGAUCAAAUGCAAUUGUGUUUGUCUGUACCUUAUGCCUACCCAUACCAUAACCCCACUACUACCAACUUGGGGCACUCUGUUCACAACGACGAGCAGGCAGAUGAGCCGGUUUCUGACAGUUUGUGCAGAAAUUAUUCAGUUGUGCAAACACACAGUUUCAUCAGCUGUCCGUGUGGCUGGUAUCAGAUGGUCCCGCAGGUGAAGAAGCUGGAUGUUUAGGUCCUGGGCUGGCGUGGUUACACGUGGUCUGUGGUUGUGAGCCCGUGGAAGUACUGCCAAAUUCUCUAAAACGACGUUGGAGGCGGCUUAUGGUAGAGAAAUUAACAUUCAUUAUCUGGCAACAGCUCUGGUGGACAUUCCUGCAGUUGGCAUGCCAGUUGCACACUCCCUCAAAACUUGAGACAUCUGUGUUAUUGUGUUAUGUGACAAAACUGCACAUUUUAGAGUGGCCUUAUAUUGUCCCCAGCACAAGGUGCACCUGUGUAAUGAUCAUGCUGUUUAAUCAGCUUGUUGAUAUGCCACACCUGUCAGGUGGAUGGAUUAUCUUGGCAAAGGAGAAAUGCUCAUUAACAGGGAUGUAAACAAAUGUGUGCACAAUACUGUAUUUGAGAGAAAUAAGCUUUUUGUGCGUAUGGAAAAUAUCUGGGAUUUUCAAUUUCAGCUCAUGAAACAUGUGACCAACACUUUACAUGUUGCAUUUAUAUUUUUGUUCAGUAUAAAUGUGUGUCACAGAUUUACAUACAGAAUAAUACGAAUUGUCCUGAGACCACGUUGGAAAUCCAUAAUUUGUAAUAAAACUUUUGUCAAAUUCAAUCACGUAUUGUGUACUUGUUUCUGUUUCUCUAAUAUGGCAACUCAGAGGGAAUACGCAUUUGCCAAUUGAAUUACAGAUUACGUAAUGUAGAGCCAUUUUACACAGGACAAACAUAGGUACAUGGUAAGGGUUUAAGAUUUUACAGCGACUCGAUGUAGUCAGAGUUCCAGUCUGCCCACCCUCAUCGCUACUCAACUCUCUUGUACUUGUACAGUGGGGAAAAAAGUAUUUAGUCAGCCACCAAUUGUGCAAGUUCUCCCACUUAAAAAGAUGAGAGAGGCCUGUAAUUUUCAUCAUAGGUACACGUCAACUAUGACAGACAAAUUGAGAAAAAAAAAAUCCAGAAAAUCACAUUGUAGGAUUUUUAAUGAAUUUAUUUGCAAAUUAUGAUGGAAAAUAAGUAUUUGGUGAAUAACAAAAGUUUCUCAAUACUUUGUUAUAUACCCUUUGUUGGCAAUGACACAGGUCAAACGUUUUCUGUAAGUCUUCACAAGGUUUUCACACACUGUUGCUGGUAUUUUGGCCCAUUCCUCCAUGCAGAUCUCCUCUAGAGCAGUGAUGUUUUGGGGCUGUCGCUGGGCAACACAGACUUUCAACUCCCUCCAAAGAUUUUCUAUGGGGUUGAGAUCUGGAGACUGGCUAGGCCACUCCAGGACCUUGAAAUGCUUCUUACGAAGCCACUCCUUCGUUGCCCGGGCGGUGUGUUUGGGAUCAUUGUCAUGCUGAAAGACCCAGCCACGUUUCAUCUUCAAUGCCCUUGCUGAUGGAAGGAGGUUUUCACUCAAAAUCUCACGAUACAUGGCCCCAUUCAUUCUUUCCUUUACACGGAUCAGUCGUCCUGGUCCCUUUGCAGAAAAACAGCCCCAAAUAUGUUUCCACCCCCAUGCUUCACAGUAGGUAUGGUGUUCUUUGGAUACAACUCAGCAUUCUUUGUCCUCCAAACACGACGAGUUGAGUUUUUACCAAAAAGUUUUAUUUUGGUUUCAUCUGACCAUAUGACAUUCUCCCAAUCCUCUUCUGGAUCAUCCAAAUGCACUCUAGCAAACUUCAGAUGGGGCUGGACAUGUACUGGCUUAAGCAGGGGGACACGUCUGGCACUGCAGGGUUUGAGUCCCUGGCGGCAUAGUGUGUUACUGAUGGUAGGCAUUGUUACUUUGGUCCCAGCUCUCUGCAGGUCAUUCACUAGGUCCCCCCGUGUGGUUCUGGGAUUUUUGCUCACCGUUCUUGUGAUCAUUUUGACCCCACGGGGUGAGAUCUUGCGUGGAGCCCCAGAUCGAGGGAGAUUAUCAGUGGUCUUGUAUGUCUUCCAUUUCCUAAUAAUUGCUCCCACAGUUGAUUUCUUCAAACCAAGCUGCUUACCUAUUGCAGAUUCAGUCUUCCCAGCCUGGUGCAGGUCUACAAUUUUGUUUCUGGUGUCCUUUGACAGCUCUUUGGUCUUGGCCAUAGUGGAGUUUGGAGUGUGACUGUUUGAGGUUGUGGACAGGUGUCUUUUAUACUGAUAACAACUUCAAACAGGUGCCAUUAAUACAGGUAACGAGUGGAGGACAGAGGAGCCUCUUAAAGAAGAAGUUACAGGUCUGUGAGAGCCAGAAAUCUUGCUUGUUUGUAGGUGACCAAAUACUUAUUUUCCACCAUAAUUUGCAAAUAAAUUCAUUAAAAAUCCUACAAUGUGAUUUUCUGGAGAAAAAAAAUCUCAAUUUGUCUGUCAUAGUUGACGUGUACCUAUGAUGAAAAUUACAGGCCUCUCUCAUCUUUUUAAGUGGGAGAACUUGCACAAUUGGUGGCUGACUAAAUACUUUUUUCCCCCACUGUAUAUGGAGAGUUGAGAUUUUCUCAGCUAGCCCUAGUUCUAACCCAGACUGUCUCCAUCACACAAGUGCAUUUGCAUGUGACAAUUUGAUGGGAUGCAUUAUUGAAUUUGCUCUAUUGUUUACAUUUUUGUUGGUGGCCCAGUCUUUGCUGUGUGCACAUCUUACAGAGUGUGGCUUAAUGGCAGUUUGCCUCCAACCACUAUGCUGCAGUUAGGAAAAGCUAGAUUGAUUAGUGCACAAAUUAACAUUCUCCCUCCCUAAACUAAUUUGCUGUCCUGGAUCUAUUUCAUUAAUAAGUCCAUCCAACUAACAUUUCUAAAAUAAAUGGCUAUUCCUGUGGUAAAUCUACCAAAUUCAAUAACCUUAAUUACAAUAAAUUCAGUAAACAUUUAGAUGGAAUACAGUAACUGUGUCACUUACCCCACUAGGAUGCUUUAAACAUAAUUUAAUAAAAUGGCAAAGGAACCUCUGCAAAGCCACUUAACCUUGUAAAAGCCUUGCAUACACAUUACGCUAUAGCUUCUUUAGACAGGAAUAGAUAACAAUUGAUCUGGAUUUUCUUGCAAAUAUGUGAUCAGUCCAUCUAAGUUGUUAUUGGGUGACUUCACUGGGUCGCCCUUAAUUGCUUUUUGUCAUGCUGGUCUCACUUGUCAUUCGAUGCAAAGCUCAGAGGCCACUUUUUCUUUUGGAUCCCAAGAAGCCGACAGAUGUCAAUAUUGGGGGAUACUAAUCAUUCUGGCAAAGAGAAACAUCUUUAUGGGUUUAGUCAUGAUGUAGUAUGCUUUACUCCAAAAUAUAUGAGCUGUGCUGUAGCUCAAAAUCUUCUGUCCAGAAAGGCCAUUGUCAAGUCUGCCCUUAUACAGCAUUGGACUACAUGCAGCACUAUGGGAAAGACCCUUAUAAGAGAGAGAAAAGUGUUUUUGAAAUAGUUCAAUACAUGGAAAUGGAGAUUGUUGACUCAGAAGCUAAUAUUCUAGUCCUCUUCUCCCAGAUGUUCACCUGUGUUGCACAUAUGUUUUGUGAGGGAGUGAAGGCACUAUUACUUAUAUUACUAGCAUCCCAGUAAGGCCCUGAAAUAAACUUUGCUGUCUCUCCAGAGGUCCAGCAUGAUGCCUGAGGUACAGGAACUGUCUGAGGCUCUGCCUGACCUGAACACAGAGCCCAUCACUGGAGUUGUUGUGGUGGCGUGCCGAAGCAAGGCACCUGCUGAAUACUAUGUUGUGAGUAACUUUUCAUAGCUUUUUUCAUCAAUCAUUCUUUUAGAUUGAGGAUUCAUAAGCAUAUAGCUUAUCAUGGAAUAUAAAUGCAUUUUACCAUACUUCGCACAGCAUUUUCCACUUACUUUGAAUUCAACCUCAUUUGUAGGCAAAUAAAUUACAUUAUGCAUAUGUUGUGAAGCAGAUGCAGUAGGAUUUAUGCAAUAUUAUUUAUGCAUAAAUUCUAUAUAUUUUGUAAUUAGUGAUUAAUCAAAACCAUGCAGGGCUUUAUUAAUAUUACAUUUUUGGGGAACUCAGUCGGGGUCUCAACUUACUGUUGAGAGUUAGAAUAGUAGAAUACAGAGGUGCAUUUUGUUAUGUCAGUCACUGACAGUCACUCAAUUAGCCUAUGUUAGCUAACAUUUUGUAGAUUGGUAAAUUAAUCUAGCCAGCUUUCUAAACUGGUUGUAAUCAUGGUCGAAUUACCGACCGGGCACGCAGGGCACGUGCCCAGGGGCCCUGACCUCCAGAGGGCCCCCAUUGAUUUUGUUAGUCACUCUCACUCAGAUAUCAUAUUAAAGCAUGGCAAAAUGUGUAGAAUUGGCACCGCUCAGGGCCCCUAAAAGGCUAGGGCAGGCCCUGAAACCAUGUUCUUAAUAACAUUGUUGUAUUGUUGUGGAUUCUUCAAUAUUGUCUUUGGAGGGUAGCCAUGAAGCACUUGGGCAUGCACUUGGCUAGCACUUGUGAGUUUUGUUGAGUUUUUUGUGAGAGGAAUUGAGUAACUAACUAAUUCAUGCAGUUUACUUUGAUGAUGGAGAUAAUUACUGUAGGCCUAUUUGUUGCCAUUAGUCUUUCAGCCUUACCAGAGGCUAUGGUUUAACAACCUUUGGUGGAUGCCCCCCACUGUUCUGGCACUGUGUCCCCAUGUUUGUUGAACACUCUCACAGUGAAGAGGGGUUGCCGGCUGUUUGGCACCCCAGCAAGUUUGAACAAUCUGGUUGAGAGAGAGAGGAAAGUAGGACAGCGAUAUCACUGGCCCAUGGGAGCCAUGUUUGUAUUUGUGAAAGAGUGAGAAGAGAGAGAGAGAGAUGGAGAGAGGAAUGUGUUUUGUGAAUUUAACAAAGCACAAAGCAAACACAGUGAUAUAGCCUGGAGUGGGCUCAAGGGCAGAUCUCUAUUCUUUUUCUUUCUCUACCCUCUCUUUUUUCUUUUUCCUUCCUCUCAUCCCCUUCUCACUCUUCCUGCCCCACCCCACACAGCCCAACGGUUGUAAUCUCUGGUGGGUGUUGGUGGGUUGGCAUUGUGACGGUGCUUUGCCUACUGGCAUUGGGACUCCAUGCAUACCACAUGACAGUGAAUGAGAAUGACACUUCCUGCUUGGUUUCUUCAGUUGGAAAGAUCCCUAUGUUGUUACUGAAGGGAGUGGAGGUGUUGCUUCGCUUUGGUAGUCUGGUUAUGUCAAUGUUUAGUCAUGUUCUUCUACUGUUCAUGUUAUAUUCUAGGCCUACUUUGGUUGCUUCCUUUUUCUGAAUUAAUCUUCAACGAUGACUACUUUUAAGAAAUACGUUUUAUGCCGUAGAUCAAUGAGCAGAUUAACUAUUUUGCUCUCCACUACGGUGCACUCACAUCUCUGAACUUGAACAGGUUUUUCCUACACAAGAGAGCAGGCCCAGAUCAAACAGUGUUCCACAGGGAUCAGGAGCAUUGCUCAAGCUGCAGCAGCCACCCCACAUCAAACAGCUUAAGCAGGCACUGACACAGACACUUAGGGCGGCAAAGGGAAGCUGUGUGUAAUUCAAAUUUGCCUGAGCCUAUAACAUACUACCCUCAUGAACACAUUAACAUACGUUUAUUUGAAGGAGAGUGGCGCUAGCCUGAGAUCUGAGCCCACUGUAAUUGGCUAGGACCUCCGCUGAAUUGGUUUACCAACCUCAGAUGGGUACGGUUAAUCGAUUAAUCGAAUAUUCAAACGGACGUUAGUAUUCGAUAACUACAGUGAGUUAGUUUUCUUUCUAAAGAAAUGUGGGCCUAUAUUAACAAUCAAAAAGCUUUGUCUCAAUUACAUUUUAAUUAUCAUUUUGACAUUGUUACCUACAAGAUAUACCAUGACAUUUUAAAUUCUUAAUUUAAUAAAACAACCGAUUUUUGAAUGUAGUUUUUAUAAUGGUGCAUUGAGCAGUCUGUUUGCUGUUUACCGCUGCGAUGUGCAUUUGCGUCAUUUUGAUUGGUCAAGAAAGUCAAGAGCAUUUUUUAAAUGUAUUUAGUGUAUCUGGAUAUCCAAAACUGUCAUUAUAUUAUUUGAAUAUUAAAAUAAUUUCAAAUGCCCAUCCCUAGUAGCAGUUGCCUUUCAUCUGCUUCUUAGGGCUCUCUCUCAUUAUAACCUCAAUGACGUUCUCUGUCUUUUGAGAUUUGUCAUAGGAAAUACCAGUACUCCCAAUAGACUUACCUAUUCCAUGGCAGAUUUUCAUCAUUUUCAUUUGUACAGAGUUUGGGAAUCAGCAGUUGGAUCUAUCAGUCAAUCAGACAACUUUAUAUGUGUACAUGAACAUCUAACUGACAAGAUCAGAUUUAAAAGAUUGAUUUAAAGUCAGAUCCUGUGAUUCCUUGAUCUUCAGACUUUUCAUGCAGCAGAAACACUUCCAGCAAUGAGCCUGUUGGAAGAUGGGAGACACAUUACAGUAGAUAGUAGAAAGAAAAUAGAGAGCAAGUGCACCAAAACGUUACCCUGCCUCUCCCUCUGCGGCUCUGCGGGUGGCAAUUCACAUUCUGGGCGCGUCGCCCCCUGCUGCCGGAGCUAUGGCAGGAUGACGCCUGAGGUGCCUCCUAGGAGCGCUGUGCCCUCGUUACUCCCUUGCUUGACUUUGGGUUUCACACAGCCAGCCCUUUGUUUACGCUGACAGGAUGCACUGGCUACUGACCUGGAAAAAGUGGCCAAGACGGGUUGUCUUGUAAGGAGGUGGGGGCUUCUGGUGAUGUAUGGGCUCCUCAUGGGACUUAUCACUGCGCCCGCUGGAGAUGCCUGCAUCUCUCUCUUUUUCUCUCUCCCACUCUCACUUUCUCUCUCUCCUUUUCUCUCUCUCCUUUUCUCUCUCUCUUUUCCUCUCUCUCUUUUUUUCUCUCUCUCUCUCUCACACUCUCUCUCUCUCAUCCCCUCUAGUCACUGGUGGUUUUGCAUAAGUCUCUCCCUGCCAUGUUUUCCACAGCCAAUCGCUAGGGUCAUUCAUCAUUAUUGUCAGGGUGGUAAUGUGUGUGGGUGGGGGCAGAGAUCCAGAACUUCUUUGUUUGAAUGAACCUCAUUAAAUUGAAUCGUCUUUGUAAAGGAUCCUCUCUGAGAAUAAGUCUGGCAGUCAUUUUGGUGAUUUACCGACGAUGGCCAAUGUAACAUGACGCUUCAGCCAAGCUUGUUUUCUGGUAGCUAUGGAGAAAUGUCUGACUCACUCAUGUGGAGGAAGUUUUGGCUUUAUCAUUGUUGAGUGCAUGCACACUUAUAGAUGUGCUGCCCACACUGUCCUUCAUAGCCUUUUCUAUGAUAUGCCUGGGCUCUUGUGCAUUAUGUUGCCACAUCCGAAUACACCAUACACUGUAAGUCCUCAAUGCAGCCGGCUUAUUCAGGCAUUAUUUUAUUUUUCAUCCAAAUAAUAUCUCCCCAUCCGCAUCAGGAUCUUUUAGGAGCACAAUGAAGUUUGUUUUUCCUUAUUAGAGCAGAUCUUUGUCAGGUUUUAUUUAAUCAGCCCCAUUCCAGGGGAGGAUAUUUUCAGCCACCUAUUUGGAGGCUAAGGCUCCUUCUUUACCCACACAGGGCACUAAUGAGAUGGAGCGCUAGAGCAGGCAACCGUUAAUUAAGGAAAGUUUGCAAGAGAAGAGGCAAAAAGCAACACGCUCACACCGUACAUACAUUAACUUUAUCCCACCUCAUGCAUGUUCUUCCCCCCUUGUUGUUUUUUUUCGUCCUUUUUUCACGUAGGUUGCACAAACAACAGAUGGUUCCGAAGCCAACCUGUGGAAGGACGGCUUAUUCAAAUCCAAGGUCACCCGCUACCUCUGUUUCACCAGAGAUAAUGUAAGUGGAAAUGUAAACUUCUCAAUUUCCCUAUGCAUCAUGCAAUAACACCUCAUCCCUAACACCUUUUUUGGCACUGGUUUGCUUGGUUUGCUCUCUCUAGCAUUCUCCUGUGCAGCACUUUGAUAAUUGAAAGUUCAAUGAAUUUUAAAUGUCUGUUUUAUUUUUAUGAAUGUAAAUACCAAUAUAAACUUUUGAUUAUGUGAUUGCAUUUCUAUUAUUUAUGUGUGAUACCUUGGUGGGCUCUUGGGAUUAUAUUGUUGAUGUUCUUGUGUCCACCAGAGAGGGAGAUUUAUGAUUAUUCAUAGUAUUACAAGCUUCUAUUUAAACUAUUUCACUUUUUCCAAUUAACCUUGACCCUGUCGAGAAUUUGGAUACCUCCCAGUGAUUCUUCAACUAUGAUGCACACAUCAAAAUGUUGUUCCCUUUAUAAGAAAUUACACUUCAAAAGGCCAGUUCAAUAUGGUUGGAAAUGGGGCACCUAUUUAAAAUAACAGUAAUAACUUAUUUGUUAAUUGCGCUCUCUUUGAAUGUUCUCUACAUAUCAACUGGUAGGCACAUUUUCAUGGUAUUUUUUUUACACUUAAGAUUUGAGAACAGAGAACAGUGAUUAUCCUGCUAUAAAGCCUACAGCAGAUUUGAUAAGUUACCAUUGAAUAGAAAAACACUGUGUAUCAUUAGUAUUCACCCCCCUUGGACUUUUUUCCACAUUUUAUUGUGUGCAUGCAACAAGGCACUAAAGUUAUACUGCAAGAAAACACGGCAAAGGAAUACCAUUUUUGCCCUAAAUGCAAAGCUUUAUGUUUGGGGCAAAUCCAACACAACACAUCACUGAGUACUACUCUCCAUAUUUUCAAGCAUGAUGUUGGCUGCAUCAUGGGAUGGGUAUGCUUGACAUCGGCAAAGACUGGGAAGUUUUUCAGGAUAAAUAGAAAUGGGAUGGAGCAAAACACAGGCAGAAUACUGGAAGAAAACCUUCUUCAGUCUGCUUUACACCAGACACUGGGAGAGGAAUUAACAUUCCAGCAGGACAAUAACCUAAAACACAAGGCCAAAUCUAGCUUACCAAGAAGACAGUGAAUGUUUCUGAGUGGCCAAGUUACAGCUUUGACUUAAAUCUGUGUCACACCCUGGCUCUGGGACUCAUUAUGUUGAGCCAGGGUGUGUUCAUUCUAUGUGUUUAUUUUCUAUGUUGGUAAUUCUGUUGUGUUUAAUUCUAUGUUUGCCUGAGUGACUCCCAAUCAGAGGCAACGAGUGUCAGCUGUUGGCUGGUUGUCUCUGAUUGGGAGCCAUAUUUAAACUGUCUGUUUUCCCUUUGUGUUUGUGGGUUUUUGUUCCGUGUUCGGUCAUUGAUACCGUGGACGUCACGAGUCGUUUCUUGUUUUGUAUUCAUGUUUAAACUUUAACUAAUUAAAGUAUGUUUGUUCAUCACGCUGCGCCUUGGUCUACUCCUUACCUCGAUCGUGACAGAAAAACCCACCAUGCAACGACCAAGCAGCGUGUCCAGGGGCAGCCCUUGGGCUGGACAUGGGAGGAAGCGCCGGGAAAGGCCCUGGCGAAAGAGGAGCAGCGUGUCCAGGAGCAGGCAGCCUGGACAUGGGAGGAGAUAUUGGACGGUAAAGGGUCCUGGACUUGGGGGGAAAUCCUGGCCGGGAUGGAUCGCCGGCCAUGGAGUGAGACAGUGGAGAGGCGACGGAGAGAGGAGCAACGGCGUGAUCAGGGUCGUCGUCGGACGGUCGAGAGGCAACCCCAGACAUUUUUUAGGGGGGGGCACACGGCAUGGACGACGGGGCUGACGGAGGCAAAAAAGGGGCGGAUCCAGAAGGCCACCAGGCCAGGGGUACACCGCCCUGUACGUCCUGUGCGGAUGCCUCACACAGAGUGUGUGAGGGUAGGCAUUCAGCCAGGACGGGUUGUGGCCGCUCUUCACUCCAGGCCUCCUAUCUGUCUCCACAGCCCGGUUCGGCCUGUCCCUGCUCCACGCACCAAGCCUACGGUGUGCGUCGCCAGCCCAGUCUGGCCUGUCCCUGCUCCACGCACCAAGCCUACGGUGUGCGUCGCCAGCCCAGCCCGACCUGUCCCUGCUCCACGCACCAAGCCUACGGUGCGCGUCGCCAGCCCGGCCCGGCCUGUUCCUGCCACUCGCACCAAGCCUACGGUGCGCGUCGCCAGCCCAGCCCGGCCUGUCCCUGCUUCACGCACCAAGCCUACGGUGUGCGUCGCCAGCCCAGUCUGGCCUGUCCCUGCUCCACGCACCAAGCCUACGGUGUGCGUCGCCAGCCCAGCCCGACCUGUCCCUGCUCCACGCACCAAGCCUACGGUGCGCGUCGCCAGCCCGGCCCGGCCUGUUCCUGCCACUCGCACCAAGUAUACGGUGCGCGUCGCCAACCCGGCCCGGCUUGUUCCUUUCACUCGCACCAAGUAUACGGUGCGCGUCGCCAGCCCGGCCCGGCCUGUUCCUGCCACUCGCACCAAGUAAACGGUGCGCGUCGUCAGCCCGGCCCGGCCUGUUCCUGCCACUCGCACUAAGCCAGGGGUGCGAGAAGUCAGCCUGGUAAGGCCCGUUCCUCCUCCAUGCACCAAGCCAGGGGUGCGAGUCGUCAGCCUGGUAAGGCCCGUCCCUCCUCCACGCACCGAGCCAGGGGUGCGCGUCGUCAGCCUGGUAAGGCCCGUUCCUCCUCCACGCACCAAGCCAGGGGUGCGCGUCGUCAGUCCAGCACAACCCGUGCCUGGGUCACCGGUGCCUGGUAAAGUACCGGUCAACUGCUCCACUAUGGAGCUGAAGCUAACCGCUCCUGCUAAGUCCAGUUCGGCUCCAGCCGGCGGGGCCAGACUCGACCAGGGGCGCUAUGGGGGGUGUAUUGGAGGGUGGUGGUCAAGGCCGGAGCCAGAACCGCCGCCGAGGAGGUAUGCCCGCCCAGCCCUCCCCUGUUUUGUUUAGUUGAGGCGCGGUCGCAGUCCGCGCCUUUAGGGGGGGGUACUGUCACACCCUGGCUCUGGGACUCAUUAUGUUGAGCCAGGCUGUGUUCAUUCUAUGUGUUUAUUUUCUAUGUUGGUAAUUCUGUUGUGUUUAAUUCUAUGUUUGCCUGAGUGACUCCCAAUCAGAGGCAACGAGUGUCAGCUGUUGGCUGGUUGUCUCUGAUUGGGAGCCAUAUUUAAACUGUCUGUUUUCCCUUUGUGUUUGUGGGUUUUUGUUCCGUGUUCGGUCAUUGAUACCGUGGACGUCACGAGUCGUUUCUUGUUUUGUAUUCAUGUUUAAACUUUAACUAAUUAAAGUAUGUUUGUUCAUCACGCUGCGCCUUGGUCUACUCCUUACCUCGAUCGUGACAAUCUGCUUGAAAAUCAAUGGUAAGACUUGAAAAUUGUGUUCUAGCCAUGACCCCUAACACCUUGACAGAGCUUUAAGAAUUUGAAAAGUAAAAUGGGCAAAUAUUGCACAAUACAGGUGUGCAAAUCUCUUAGAGUGAGAAGACUCAAGCUCUAAUUGCUGCCAAAGGUGUUUCUAACAUGAAUUAAGGGGGGUGAAUGCUUAUCUAAUCAAGGAGUAUUAGUUACAUAAAAUGUAACAGUGUUUAACUAUAUACUAUCUAUGCUUACUAUGCUGUCGUUUUUAAACCUAAACGUAAAGAAUUUGAACAAAUUCAGAUAAAUACACUACCGGUCAAAAGUUUUAGAACACCUACUCAUUCAAGGGUUUUUCUUUAUUUUUACUAUUUUCUACAUUGUGUAAUAAUAGUGAAGACAUCAAAACUAUGAAAUAACACAUAUGGAAUCAUGUAAUAAGAUUCUAGCCAGUCUUUGCCUUGAUGACAGCUUUGCACACUCUUGGCAUUCCCUCAACCAGCUUUACAUGGAAUACUUUUCCAACAGUCUUGAAGCAGUUCCCACAUAUGCUGAGCACUUGUUGGCUGCUUUUCCUUCACUCUGCGGUCCGACUCCUCGCAACCAUCUAAAUUUGGUUGAGGUCGGGGGAAUGUGGAGGCCAGGUCAUCUGAUGCAGCACUCUCCUUCUUGGUCAAAUAGCCCUUACACAGCCUGGAGCUGUGUUGGGUCAUUGUCCUGUUGAAAAACAAAUGAUAGUCCCACUAAGCGCAAACCAGAUGGGAUUGCAUAUUGCUGCAGAAUGCUGUGGUAGCCAUGCUGGUUAAGUGUGCUUUGAAUUCUAAAUAAAUCACAGACAGUGUCACCAGCAAAGCACCCCCACACCAUAACACCUCCUCCUCCAUGCUUUACGGUGGGAAAUACACAUGCGGAGAUCAUCCGUUCACCCACACCGCGUCUCACAAAGACACGGCGGUUGGAACCAAAAAUCUCAAAUUUGGACUGCAGAUCAAAUGACACAUUUCCACCGGUCUAAUGUCCAUUGCUCGUGUUUCUUGGCUCAAGCAAGUCUCUUCUUCUUAUUGGUGUCCUUUAGUAGUGGUUUCUUUGCAACAAUUUGACCAUGAAGGCCUGAUUCACACAGUCUCCUCUGAACACAUGUUGAGAUGUGUCUGUUACUUGACCUCUGUGAAGCAUUUAUUUGGGCUGCAAUGUCUGAGGCUGGUAACUCUAAUGAACUUAUCCUCUGCAGCAGAGAUAACUCUGGGUCUUUCAUUCCUGUGGCGGUCAACAUGAGAGCGAGUUUCAUCAUAGAGCUUGAUGGUUUUUGCGACUGCAGUUGAAUAAACUUUCAAAGUUCUUGAAAUGUUCUGUAUUGACUGACCUUCAUUUCUUAAAGUAAUGUUGGACUGUCAAUUCUUUUUGCAUAUUUGAGCUGUUCUUGCCAUGAUAUGGACUUGGUCUUUUACCAAAUAGGGCUAUCUUCUAUAUAGCCCCCCCUACCUUGUCACAACACAUUUUACAUUUACAUUUACAGUGAGGGAAAAAAGUAUUUGAUCACCUGCUGAAUUUGUACGUUUGCCCACUGACAAAGACAUGAUCAGUCUAUAAUUUUAAUGGUUGGUUUAUUUGAACAGUGAGAGACAGAAUAACAACAAAAAAAUCCAGAAAAACGCAUGUCAAAAAUGUUAUAAAUUGAUUUGCAUUUUAAUGAGGGAAAUAAGUAUUUGACCCCUCUGCAAAACAUGACUUAGUAAUUGGUGGCAAAACCCUUGUUGGCAAUCACAGAGGUCAGACGUUUCUUGUAGUUGGCCACCAGGUUUGCACACAUCUCAGGAGGGAUUCUGUUCCACUCAUCUUUGCAGAUCUUCUCCAAGUCAUUAAGGUUUCGAGGCUGACGUUUGGCAACUCGAACCUUCAGCUCCCUCCACAGAUUUUCUAUGGGAUUAAGGUCUGGAGACUGGCUAGGCCACUCCAGGACCUUAAUAGGCUUUUGGGUCAUUGUCAUGCUGGAAUACCCAUCCACAACCCAUUUUCAAUGCCCUGGCUGAGGGAAGGAGGUUCUCACCCAAGAUUUGACGGUACAUGGCCCCAUCCAUCGUCCCUUUGAUGCGGUGAAGUUGUCCUGUCCCCUUAGCAGAAAAACACUCCCAAAGCAUAAUGUUUCCACCUCCAUGUUUGACGGUGGGGAUGGUGUUCUUGGGGCCAUAGGCAGCAUUCCUCCUCCUCCAAACACGGCGAGUUGAGUUGAUGCCAAAAGCUCGAUUUUGGUCUCAUCUGACCACAACACUUUCACCCAGUUCUCCUCUGAGUCAUUCAGAUGUUCAUUGGCAAACUUCAGACGGCCCUGUAUAUGUGCUUUCUUGAGCAGGGGGACCUUGCGGGCGCUGUAGGAUUUCAGUCCUUCACGGCGUAGUAUGUUACCAAUUGUUUUCUUGGUGACUAUGGUCCCAGUUGCCUUGAGAUCAUUGACAAGAUCCUCCCGUGUAGUUCUAGGCUGAUUCCUCACCGUUCUCAUGAUCAUUGCAACUCCACGAGGUGAGAUCUUGCAUGGAGCCCCAGGCCGACGGAGAUUGACAGUCCUUUUGUGUUUCUUCCAUUUGUGAAUAAUCGCACCAACUGUUGUCACCUUCUCACCAAGCUGCUUGGCGAUGGUCUUUCCAGCCUUGUGUAGGUCUACAAUCUUGUCCCUGACAUCCUUGGAGAGCUCUUUGGUCUUGGCCAUGGUGGAGAGUUUGGAAUCUGAUUGAUUGAUUGCUUCUGUGAACAGGUGUCUUUUAUAAAUGUAACAAGCUGAGAUUAGGAGCACUCCCUUUAAGAGUGUGCUCCUAAUCUCAGCUCGUUACCUGUAUAAAAUAAACCUGGGAGCCAGAAAUCUUUCUGAUUGAGAGGGGGUCAAAUACUUAUUUCCCUCAUUAAAAUGCAAAUCAAUUUAUAACAUUUUUGACAUGCGUUUUUCUGGAUUUUGUUGUUGUUAUUCUGUCCCUCACUGUUCAAAUAAACCUACCAUUAAAAUUAUAGACUGAUCAUUUCUUUGUCAGUGGGCAAACGUACAAAAUCAGCAGGGGAUCAAAUACUUUUUUCCCUCACUGUAGUCAUUUAGCAGACGCUCUUAUCCAGAGCGACUUACAAUUUGGUGCAUUCAACUCAGGAUAGCCAGUGCGACAACCACCCUUUUUUAUGGGGGGGUGGGGGAGGGGGGGGGGGGGGGGGGGGUAAAAGGAUUACUGUUAUACUAUUCCAGGUAUUCCUUAAAGAGAUCUCCGGGAGGUGGUCAGUGACUCCACUGUCCUGGCGUUGUGGGGGAGCUUGUUCCACCAUUGGGGUGCCAGAGCAGCGAAUAGCUUUGACCGUGCUGAGCGGGAAUUGUGCUUCCAUAGAGGUAGGGGGGCUAGCAGGCCAGAGGUGGAUGAACGUAGUGCCCUCGUUUGGGUGUAGGGUCUGAUCAGAGCCUGAAGGUAAGGAGGUGCCGUUCCCCUCACAGCUCCGUAGGCAAGCACCAUGGUUUUGUAGUAGAUGCGAGCUUCAACUGGAAGCCAGUGGAGUGUGCGGAGGAGCGGGGUGACAUGAGAGAACUUGGGAAGGUUGAACACCAGAUGGGCUGCAGCGUUCUGGAUAAGUUGUAGGGGUUUAAUGGCACAGGCAGGGAGCCCAGCCAACAGCGAGUUGCAGUAAUCCAGACGGGAGAUGACAAGUGCCUGGAUUAGGACCUGUGCCGCUUUCUGUGUAAGGUAGGGUCGUACUCUGCGAAUGUUGUAGAGCAUGAACCUGCAGGAUCGGGUCACCGCUUUGAUGUUAGCGGAGAAUGACAGGGUGUUGUCCAGGGUCACGCCAAGAUUCCUUGCACUCUGGGAGGAGGACACAAUGGAGUUGUCUACCGUGAUGGCGAGAUCAUGAGCGGGCAGUCCUUCCCCGGGAGGAAGAGCAGCUCCGUCUUGCCGAGGUUCAGCUUGAGGUGGUGAUCCGACAUCCACACUGAUAUGUCCGCCAGACAUGCAGAGAUGCGAUUCGCCACCUGGUUAUCAGAAGGGGGAAAGGAGAAAAUUCAUUGUGUGUCGUCUGCGUAGCAAUGAUAGGAGAGACCAUGUGAGGAUAUGACAGAACUAAGUGACUUGGUGUAUAGAGAGAAUAGGAGAGGGCCUAGAACUGAGCCCUGGGGGACACCAGUGGUGAGAGCACGUGGUGCGGAGACAGAUUCUCGCCACGCCACCUGGUAGGAGCGACCUGUCAGGUAGGACGCAAUCCAAGAGUGAGCAGCGCCGGAGAUGCCCAACUCGGAGAGGGUGGAGAGGAGGAUCUGAUGGUUCACAGUAUCAAAGGCAGCAGAUAGGUCUAGAAGGAUAAGAGCAGAGGAGAAAGAGUUAGCUUUAGUAGUACGGAGAGCCUCCGUGACACAGAGAAGAGCAGUCUCAGUUGAAUGACCAGUCUUGAAACCUGACUGGUUUGGAUCAAGAAGGUCAUUCUGAGAGAGAUAGCAGGUGUGUUGGCUAGAGACGGCACACUCAAGAGUUUUGGAGAGAAAAGAAAGCAGGGAUACUGGUCUGUAGUUGUUGACAUCGGAGGGAUCGAGUGUAGGUUUUUUGAGGAGGGGUGCAACUCUCGCUCUCUUGAAGACGGAAGGGACAUAGCCAGCGGUCAAGGAUGAGUUGAUGAGCGAGGUGAGGUAAGGGAGAAGGUCUCUGGAAAUGGUCUGGAGAAGAGAGGAUUGGCUCAAAUGCAUUAAGAAGGAAAGAAAUUCCACAAAUUAACUUUUAACAAGGUGCACCUGUUAAUUGAAAUGCAUUCCAGGUGACUACCUCAUGAAGCUGGUUGAGAGAAUGCCAAGAGUGUGCAAAGCUGUCAUCAAGGCAUAGGGUGGCUAUUUGAAGAAUCUCAAAUAUAAAAUAUAUUUUGAUUUGUUUAACACUUUUUUGGUUACUACAUGAUUCCAUAUGUGUUAUUUCAUAGUUUUGAUGUCUUCACUGUUAUUCUUCAAUGUUGAAAAUAGUAACCAUAAAGAAAAACCUUUGAAUGAGUAGGUGUUCUAAGACUUUUGACCUGUAGUGUAUAUGACAUGGGAUUACUCCAUUCAUCUGACUGUCCAAGUUAAUGGUCCUACAUUCACCAAGCAAUGAUUUGGGACCUAUACAGUACUUGUACAUACUUCAGCCCAAAAGACUGAUUAUAUGUCAACAGGACUGUAAUGAUUAGACAGCCAUUUCAACCUUUGUUCCUUUCCACAGUUUCUGUCAGUGUGUUAAUUUACAGCCUUGUGGCUGGAGUUAGAGGAAGUCACUUUAUUAUUAUUAUUGAACAGUCCUCGACUCCACCCUUAGAACUUUGAACUUUGAACUUUUUAUGCUGUAAAAACUAUGAUUUUACCUUAUGCCCACAUUGGUAUACAUAAUUGCAUUUUUGCACACAAUAAAUUAUUUCUCUGUGUUCAUUUUGGCAUAUCCUUGUGACAAAUCAGUAAUUUAUGGUUGGAUACUAAUAAUAAUUCUGAAAAUAGUCCCAUUAGAAUCAUUGUGAGAGUGGUUGAAACCAGCCCUUGUAAACACACCUCUUAACGGCUGCCUGCCUGGGACGGAGCUCAGUCUGGUCCACAGUUUAGUAUGUAUCACACAAAUAGCCUUGCACAUGUUCCUGUAUAUUAUCUUAACAUGUGUGUGCACGCUGUUUUAAAGAUUUUGGCACAAAUAAAACAUGACAGAGCCAUCAACAUAGGCUUUUUUGUCUGCCAGUCAAUGUAGCCCCCCCCCCCACCCCCUUAUGUAACUGUCGUUGACAUAAACAGUUUCUGCAAAAUUAGCCACUGAAUUAUGUGGAAGGAAGUAAACAGUUUGUGAUUGAUACUCUAGGUUGGAGGUAGAUGGCCCUUUUGUCAGGUCCUGAUGGAAGAAAAAAACAGCUGAAAAAAGGGUUUCAUGCAUAGUAAUAACAUUCAUCCAUAUUCCACCCUAAGUCAGAAUAAAAACUAUGAAUACAACAUUUCUCUAAUGGUAAUGACCGCCGGGCAACGGUAGCAGUGGAAUCCAGAUUUUCGGACGCGUCAAGUCACGGCUCGGUCGCCCCACUCUCCACUGCCGCUGUGUAUUAUUGCAAUUUAUUACGGCGAAAAAUUGAAAUAUAAUGACUGGAGGCUGGGAGGCUGAGAAGAGUCAUGCUUGAAAAUGUCAACUAAACAGUCCCUGAUUGUUUUUAACCACAUUCUGAUGAACAGGCAAUCCAGCCUGCCUCGCAUACAACCCUACUGUUUCUCUCCGAGGGUUGAGGAUGAUUGCAAGUUCACAGAUGCAGUCUCAUUUUUAAAAGAAGCUAUUAUGGAGAAAUUACUUCCACCAUCGUGUCAACUCCUCUCUUUAGAGACUUCCCAAGCUUUUAGGAAAUCAUUGAUUCAAUUGUCUUUGUAAUUUCUUUUCAGACCCUUACACUGAAAAACCCUUACACUUUUUGUACAAUCUAUUACAUCUGAAACGUGCACAUGUGGAUGUGUAAUGUUGAAUGUUUUCCUGUACAUUAGAGCCAGUCGUCAGAUGUGCUCCUUGACAUGAGGUUGAUCGAUUUGAAGGACACUCUACCAGAGGGCUUUAUACCCAUCCAAGAAACAGUGGACACCAGUAAGUAAGCAGUGGCCCCUAAACCACAACCGUAUCUCUGAAGGUUUUUCUGGCCCCUCACUAGCUUUGACUUUGCUUUAACCAGCCUCUGUGAAAGUCCUAUGGGGCAGCUUAGCUUGAAAUAGUGAAUGUUUUAUGGGUGCAGGUUAUCUUAAUUUAUGAUAGUCUGUGGGAAUAAAAUAAACAUUUUGCCCUGGAGGUACAAGGGAAGAGAAUCAUGAGUCAUUGUUUAUCUCAGCUGGAGCUGUGCUUUUCUUUAUGAGGGGCUUAUUUAUUUAUGUAUUUUUUGGGGGAUAGGACGAGUGGAUGGGGGUUAUCUAAUAUUAAUGAAAUGCAUUCCCCAAUGCUUUAGUGCUCUUUGAGUGCUUUGUAUUCCCCCUCACUAUCCAGGCCUUGAAAAUGUAAUAAUAUUUUGUGUGGGGAGUGAGGACAGCUGUUUAUUAUUUUUAUUAUCAUCACAUUUACACUGCACUUUCUAUCACUGGUUGGAAAUAAAUGGGCGAGGCACAGAAGUAAUAUGGGCAAGCAUGGGUAUGUUUUCUAGCUGGAAUGAAGAACAGAAAGAUUAUGUAUUGUUGGGCUAUGGUUUAAUGUAAUGUUUUAUUACUUUAUGUGAAUCCAUGUUUAAUGUAUACAUCUAACAUUAUGUAUCCAUAUCCAGUAAAAAUCCACAUUCAUAUUUGGUAGCAUAUACUGUGGCUGCUGUAGGGGUUAGCAUUUGUCUUUCAUUUUCUAAUCAUCAUUAUUGGUUUUUGUCAGUGCUUACCAGUAUUCUGUGUGUUUAUAGUUCAUAUCAUUAUUUUAUGCAUAGCUGUGACCAAGAGAUGCACUUGGCCUCUAGUUCAUGAUCCCUAAUAUGGUCUGUCUCUCUCCUUGUCCGUCAGAGGAGCCUGCCUUGAGGAAGAAGAGGCUGUAUGUUAGGCUCGGCCUACGUGUAGCCACAGAGACUGCUGUGUGUGACAUCCAGAUCCAGGGGAAGUCCAAGCACACCCUUACACACUACACUUGUAUUGGGUGAGUGGACAGACCUGUAAAAGGAAUAUUGUAUUUAUUUUCAGACUUUCUACCUGACACCCAUAGCAUUGUGUUUUGACAUGCAAUACCAUGGCAACGCUCUCAGUAGGUUGUCAUUGAUUUUGCAUAGUCUCCAAUGAGCAGGAUCCCCAUUUUCCUUCUCAGAACGUACUUUGCCUGCAGCCUGCUAGAGGCACCUGCCUGGACAUAAACAGUGCACAGUCUGCCAGUAGUACCUCAUUUCACCAUGCAAGAGAAACAAAGGGCUCACUCAGUCUUCUGCUCUGAUCAUCCACAUUUCUGUUGUUUAUCAAUCAUAUAUGAGCUGUACUCUCAUCAAUUAUGUCAUUGAAUUUUAACAAUGGAUUUAGUCUUGGAAUCUUUCUGAAAUGUCCUUGUGACAGUGUUGCCCAUGAAUUGAGGAGUAUUAUUUUACAUUUGACUGGUGUGUGACUCUUGUUUCUACAGAGAGCUAAACAAUAUGGAGAUUUUGUAUCGAAUGGGAAAUGUCCAUCCAUCCACUGAGACCGCUAUCUACAAAUCAAUGCCCAACACCACAAGGUACAUACCAAGUUCGUAAUGAUGCUUUUAUAACCAAGCAUCAACACCCUCUCUCUCAACUUUUAGUUGAAAAGGACCAUGCCAUUGUUUUGUGUUUACAGUAUUUGGAAACAUAUGAGUCCUAAGUUUAGAUUUGCCACAUUUGUCCAUUUUGGGUUCCUUUAGGUAUGUUUGUGAUCCAUUAGUCAAUACCUCUUGAGUGAUACAGUCGAUUACACACAAGUGAUUGACAGUUUAUACUCAUACAGUACAUGUCCUGAUAGCUGUGCCUGGUCAGAGAAAGCAGUGAAGGAGUACUGGAGAGAAAUGGAAAAUAGACAGGAUCCCCUGAAUGGGAACCAGGGCUAAACUCCUGCUAUUUGUGCUCUGUCUCAAGUUGGAGAGCCGGGUCGCUCUUUGACUGUGGUGACAUUAGUGCUGUUGUACUGUGCAAACAAAGGGGAAGAAACAUAGCCUGGAGAGAGAGAGACCGCUGCAGAGGAAGGGAGGGGAAGAGCUCCACCAUGCCAUACUGUUGUUGUACCGUACCCCCAUCCUCAGCUGCUCUGUCUGCCCUGCCUGGGGCCCACAGAGAAGGAGCAGGGCUUUGUACUGCAGCCAGAUCCAACAGCUUAAUUAUUUAUUGCAAUGAAGUACUGGGGAUUUCCAGAGCAAAUUGUAAGUAAACUAUCAAGAUUCCUUUUGAAUGGCAGUGUAGAGGGGGGCUUGGCAGGGGUAUCGAUGGGGUUGCCAGCUUGAAGUGCUGCUCUUGGAAUGUUAGAGGCUCAAUGUGGAGAGCGGUAUGAAAACUACUCCACUCCACAGCAGAGGUCAGAGUGAAGGUGGCCAGACUGAUGGAGUACUACUCAAAGGUGAGACUGUUCAAAUGGCUAUUAGUGAUGAGAGAAAGUAGUUUGAUUUAAAGUCAAGGUAUGAAGUGCAAACUAUGAUUUGAGAGGAGACGCAAAAAUCAGAGUUGUAUGAAUUGCGAAUAUUUGGGGAGCAGAUAGUUAAUAAUGUUUGAUGUCUCGAAACGAUAGAGAAAGCCUAGACCGUAUACUCUCUCAACUGUUACCAGUAAUCCUUAGCUCUUUUGAAGCCCACUUUCAAGUUGCUGAGGCGUUGGGGGUAAGAAUAAAUUGAACCUCGAAGCAACAAACCCCCUCCUGAUGCCUGCUGAGAUCACAGGCUCCUGUUUUUGUAUUAACAUUAAAAUUCAUGCCACAGUGUGAGAGCCUUCCUUUUAGUUCAUUUCCAUCCACAAUGCACAGACACAAGAUGUAUUGAAUAAGAAACUCUCGCCAGCCAAAGUACACAAUGCCAUUUUAUAAAGUGUAUGUUGCUGUUAUGUUCUUUGUUGGCUGCUCCAGACCCCUCAUUAUAGACAGAUAAACAACCAACACAUGGAAUGGGCACCCUUUCAUUAUACUGAGGACCUUGUGCUACCAUGCAUUGCAAUAUUUCUGGAGUGUUUAUGAGGCAUCCCACUGGGCACAGACGUCAAUUCAACGUCUAUUCCACAUUAGUUCAACGUAACUUCAUUGAAUUGACGCGUUAACAACGUUGAUUCAACCAGUGUGUGCCCAGAGGCAUAUAAGCUAUGUUUGAUUCAAUCAGCCAAAAUUAGUAUGUGCAUGUUUUCGAACUACUCCGGCAGUUGUACCUGGUAUCUAUCAUUUCUAAAAACUUGUUUGCAUCACUUGAACUCUUUCAUUAUCCAUGUUCAGCGUCUGAGAAUUCCCUCCUAUGCACUGUGCUGUCUUGGCGCUAUCUAUUACAACUUUAUGGCCAUUUGAGAACGGCACUCCUUAAAUGUAAGUGCCUUUCACGGUCAGUGGAAAAUAUGUUUUAAACGCAGUCAAUAUUGUGUACAUUUUUUAUGACCCUUGUAAUUUUGAAUGCUGGUGAUCCCUUACAAAUGUUAGGUUGCCCCAGGCAAUGUGAGCUUGUUAGAGUUGUGCUCUGACUUAAACAACUAAGCCACUUCAACUUUUGUCAGCAUUUAAAGCUGUCAGCAACUGUGGUACUGAAUUCUGAGUUUGUUCAACCAAUUAAUUUGUUUAGAAGAAUAAACUUGUAUGACCAUCCCCUGGACAUGGUUGGCCUCCACUUCAGUGAGCGCCAUAAUAACAUCUGAGAGCAAGCAGACAGGCCUUGUUUAGAAUAACCUGAGCCUUUAGCUAAACUGAAGAGAGAUGUUGUUAUGUACUUUUUCUGAUCAGUUUCGUCUGGAACAUCCUUACUUGCUGCCGUGUCCCGUUAAUUUAUUACUUUGGCCUGGUGUCAACCACUUCAGCUCUCUUUCCAUCUUGAGAGAGGCCAGUCAGCCACUUCCUGACUCCCUUAUGUGGAAAAGCUGUGCCGUCCCGUCAGGCUUUUAAUGCAUCCACUGCAGCAGCCCCCUCUCCUCUCAUCUUCGCUCCUCCUUUCCAACGCUGCUAUUUGUUCUCCUGAUAAAACUGUCAUUGCUAAGGCUGAUAUCUGACCUCUAGUUGGACUGGUGGCAUAAAUGAGCCUUGUGCUAAUAUUGCAAUGUAUUUUUUUCUCCCGCAGAAUCAAGGUUUUUGACAUUUCUCUUGGAAUAAUAGCCUGAUGUGUGCCUGGACACUUUUUUAAUCAAAUGGCCUAGCGAUAAAAAUGUUAAGGCAAAUCAUAUUUUCCACACCGUAACAUGACCAUAUUUGUAUGAUUUUGCAGUUUAAAACAUUAUUCAUAAAGUAACUGUGUCUGACGGAGGUCAGGAAAUAUAAUUGAAUGCCAGGAUCCUCUAGCUUUUAUAUUGUCCCUUUCUCUGCUUUUGACACUUUCCACUGUGUCCCAGCUGUGCAGUGGCAUUGUACCUGUCCCCAUUCCUCGCUGCUUAACCAGCACUGUACCUGAUUCUUGAAGGAGGCCAUCAUUGUCUGUGAGUGUGCUGUUAUGACAGACCUCCCAGCGUCACCGUCAAACUUACUGAAUGCACUCUUUCUUUGUUUUGCGGAAUCCUAAAAAAGUUGGCAAAUGUAUAUCUCAAAUCAAGCAAAUGGAUGCAGAACGGUGCCACAAACAAUAGAAUCAUCAAGUGAAAUCUGAUGUGCUCCGUGUGCUCAUAGAUUUUCCUGUGAAUUCAUGCAGCUAUUCUUUUCAGCACCUGACACAAAGCUUAAAGGGAGAUAAUGAUGGGUGAGGAAGCAGCCCCUGCAAAGCAGGACUGUCUGCUUGUUGAGGAAGGUGUGGAGAUGUUGUCAUGGAAGAGGCUGGAUGAGUGUCAAAACAAGAGCUCCCAACUCCCUCUAUGGCAGCUCAGGCUCUUCACUGAUAUUAUUUGUAUCCUUGUUUUGCCUCUCUGCAGACUACUACUUGUCUGUCCACUGUCUAACAGAUGUUCUCCUCUUCUUUUCAGAUAGAUAGCUUCAUUUUCUUUUACCUCAUUUCUAUCUCACCGAACAAAUAUAUAAAACCAUAAAUUGAUAUUAGGAUUUAGACAGCUGAUUGAUCUUAUCAAGCAAUCAGCAGUACUCUAGUUUUACUUAGAACAUUCUGCCUUGAAGAUGUGAGCCAGCUCAAAGUGGAUCAGGUUGUUAUUUAUGCAUAUGGCUUUUAUGCAUAUGUGUUUGUGAUUACAUUCCGUAUCGAUUUCAUUGGACCAAUGGGCUCCUGAGUGAAGUUGUAAUUGUUUAAAUCUUUCAGGCCAUGUUCGCAGUUUUACAGUAAUUUAAUGAGGAACUACAUUGUAAUUAAAUAUUCAAAUUAGGAACAAGUGUCAAUAUGGCUCUUGUUGCCUAGAAUGAUGAUUAAUUGUAGUCAAAACUCCAGUGGCCAACAUAAUCUGAGCCCAACUGCUACCGUUGAUUACAUAGCAAUACACUUGCCAUGUUUUUGUUUUAAGAAUUAGACUUGAUUUGCCAUAUGGCACCCUAUAGCCAGUACACCCAAAUCAUCUCUAGAAGUCACAGAAUUUGGAAUAAGACAGUUCUUUGUGGUUUAAGAUUAAUAUGAAGAUGGAAACUCUUAGACCCCUUACUAUAACCAGGAGUUGCACUUUCUGUGAACAUAUUGCUGAUUUCAUUCAAUCCAGUUCUUCUGUGGAUGUUAUGUUUGCUGAUCAUUUCAUUGGUCCAUGAAGAUUUGUUGGUGUGGGAGGAUCAACCAUGCUCUAUUCUAUGGCAAUGUCUGAUCUUCCCUUGAUUUCAGUUAGUGGCAACCCAUAAUUUCAUUAUAAAGUGCUUUGUUUUUGUACCAGGAAAGAUGCAAUAUUGAGUACAAUAGUUUUCAAAGGCCAGCUAAACAUAUCUCCAUUUUGACCUUAUCAAAAUGGUGAUAUUUGAGCAAAUGGAUGUUUCAAAGAAGGUUUUCUCUGAAUGCUUAAUUUACAUUUGUGUAUCUCAAUGGAUCGGUUCAUUGUUCUAUGCUAUAUCAUGAACCAAAGCGCUCAAGCGCAUUUCUUCAAAAGAGCAUCUAAACAAUCUCCCUUCAGUUUAUCAGUGUUUGUGAAAUGUCUCACUGCUUGGAGAGGCAUGUCCCUUCCCUUUUCAGCAUUGGCGUCAACCUUUGCAAGGUAAGGAAAGUCUUCAUUAAAUGUGGCAAUCGGUUCCACAAGAUUGAUGCCAACCUUUUAAAAAUUCACCAUUGCCCUGGAUUUAAGAUGGCCAAAUGCUGAUGUAAAUGAACAGGGUAAAAGUCGACCCUAUCAUGGCAAAUAAAUCUGAGUUGCAGGCCUCAGCUCAUAAAUACCACAACCUGUCAGGGAGUUUGUUUUAUUGCUUUUGAUAGAAAUUAUUGCAUUUAUUUAUCUCAUCAAAAGAGAUAGAAACGUAGAAUAGCCACAACUCAUGCAGUGUUGCCCUCAGAAUAUGCAGAGAUGCAGAUAUGUCGCUAGUCUUCUGGAAAUUUAUUUUUCAGCCCCCUGAAGAUGAUUUGUCCUAACCACAAACAGAGCAAAUGGGCAAACACACAUAAACAUACACAGAAUACACAACUACAGUAUUUGAAUCCUUGUGCCCCUAGCUAAGGGUAUUUAAAGUUCCUAUAUUACAUGAACACCUUGCUCAGCAUUACCCUACAUUUGGACACACUGUAGCCUAUUGCUAUAUCAGAUGAGUUUCAUAAUGUUCUGGUGGAACUCAUUUUAACUUCAAUGCAUGUUCAAAGUCACAUUAUGCAGCUCUCCUGAAGCUGAGAAAUUAUUUGCGCUUGCUGUGGAUUUAUCGAUCAGUAGGGGUUAGUCACAGGUUGUAAUUCAUGAUAGCUUGAUUGAUGAAGAUUGCAAUCUUAUACGGUUUGUUAGCUCCAACUGCCCAUGAAGUGCAUCGCAUGCUGUUUUUUUUUGUAAUUCAAGCCUGUAGUAUGGUAAAACAGACUUCCCUUGAGUAAUAUAAUUUAUAUUCCUUUAGCACUAACCAGGCCAUAAUCCCAGACCCAAACCAUUAAAGGACUACCAAAGCCCCCUUGGCAGCUCACGUACAGGCUAGCUUUUAUUUCAUAUCCAGCCCCUCUUCUGUCAGGUGUGUCUUGACCUGAUCAACACGCUGUCUGAUCUUGAAGGGGGUGGGGGUGUCGUCAUGGGGAUGAUUGGGUUGGAAUCGGAAGAUCCUGCCCGUGUGAACCCCUUCUCCUCCUGACACUGAAUCCACGCCUUGGCGUUCUUCUCCAGAUCUCAGAGAAAAUGUCACAUUCAAUGUUGUGGUACACUUGUCUGACGUGACACAGUGCUUUAUCUCCUCCAGGCAAAUACCUGCAGUGCUCCCCACCAGCCCCUACAGGAGGAGCACCAGCAGGCCUGACUCAGAGAGCUCCAGUCUCUAUACCAUAUCA